AUGGGAGAUAUCUUACAGGAUAAUGAAAUAUUUUUAAUAUAUAAUAAAGACCUCAAGCGCUGUGUACAGGCUCACAGUUCUAGCUCCAUCACAACUGCCACUUGCAACCAGGAUACUGAGUCACAAAAAUUCAGGUGGGUCUCUGAUCACCAGCUUAUGAGUGUAGCAUUGAGGCCAUGCUUGGGAGUGCCUUCAAAGAAAGACCAGGUGAUAAUCACUCUGUAUCCCUGUAACAAGACAAGUGAACUCCAACACUGGGAAUGCAGAAAUGAAACCCUUCUUGCAAUCCAAGGAGAAGAUUUGUUUUUUAACUCUGGCAGCAGAGAAAAAGGAAAUCUUAUGCUGCAGAAGGAAUCAGAUGUGAGGAGUAAGUGGAAGAUCUAUGGAACCACAGAUGAUUUGUGCUCUCAGGGCUAUGAAGAUUUGUUUACAUGGCUAGGAAAUGCCAAUGGGGCACCCUGCGUAUUCCCUUUCAAGCUGAGUGGUAAAUGGUAUGCUGAGUGUACAGAUGCUGCCAGGUCAGAUGGCUUGCUCUGGUGUGGAACAACUGCAGACUUUGACACAGACCAAUUGUAUGGAUUUUGCCCAUUAAAAUAUAAUGAAACUCACAGAUUUUGGACUACAGACCCUUUUACAGGCAUCCACUACCAGAUAAACUUCCAAUCAGCUCUUACAUGGCGCCAAGUGUGGAAAAGCUGUCAGCAACAGAAUGCAGAAUUAUUAAGUAUCACAGAGAUACAUCAGCAAAUGUAUCUGAGAGAUUUGAUUGAUAGGAUGAGAUCGGCUCUCUGGAUUGGGCUUAACAGUCUGAAUUUCAACUAUGGAUGGCAAUGGAGUGGUGGCAGUCCUUUCAGAUAUUUAAACUGGGCUCUAGGAAACCCUUCUCUGGAACCUGAGAAAAUGUGUUCAGUACUAAAUCCUAGAGGAGGUGCUAAAUGGGAAAACCGUGAAUGUAAUCAGAAAAUUGGCUAUAUUUGUAAAAGGAAAAACUCCACUUUGGAUUCUUUCUCUCUUCCUUCAGAGUUCUCUGCAUCUAGUAAAUGCCCAGAGGGCUGGUUGCCAUACACAGGUCACUGUUACAUGAUUCACAGUGAGCCCAAAAUGUGGAAAGAAGCAUUGACUUCCUGUACAAAGGAGGAUGGUGAUCUGGCCAGUAUCCACAACAUUAAAGAGCACAGCUUUAUAGUGUCUCAACUUGGGUACAAUAAAAACAUAGCCGAAUUUAUGUUCUUAGAGCCAACUGAUGAGCUGUGGAUUGGUUUGAAUGACCUCGGGAUUCAAAUGUAUUUUGAAUGGAGUGAUAAGAUGCCUGUGACAUACACAAAGUGGCUCCGUGGAGAACCAACCCAUGCAAACAGCAGACAAGAAGAUUGUGUUGUUAUGAAAGGACAGGAUGGAUACUGGGCAGACAAUGUUUGUGAUAAGAAAUUUGGAUACAUUUGCAAAAAGAAUCCAUUGCAAGUCACUCCUGGAACAGUGGAGUACAUUGAUACUGGCUGCCUGAAGGGCUGGGAAAGACAUGUUUUUUACUGUUACUUGAUUGGACAUACAUUUGAAUUUUCAGAGGCAAAGAAAGCUUGUGAAAGGAGUAAAGGUUAUCUAACAACUGUUAGAGACAGAUAUGAGCAAGCCUAUCUAACUAGUCUGAUUGGGCUGAGGCCUGAAAAAUAUUUUUGGAUCGGUCUUUCAGAUGUAGAGAAACAUGGGACUUUCAAGUGGACCAACGGUGAAGCAGUUCUGUUCACUCACUGGAAUUUAGCAAUGCCUGGAAGAAAGCCAGGGUGUGUAGCAAUGAGAACUGGAAGUGCAGCUGGAUUAUGGCAUGUUCAGGACUGUGAAGAAAAGGCAAAAUUUCUCUGCAAACAACAAGCUGAAGCAAUGACCUUUCAUCCUCCUGUUCCAGAAAAAAAUUCUUACUCCAAAUGCCCCAUGGGUUGGGGUUCAAACGAUAACAUCAGUUCAUGCUUCAAACCUUUUGUGAGAGAAGGAAACAAAAAGAAAUCAUGGCUUGAAGCUCGAGAUUUUUGUAGAGAGAUAGGAGGAGAUCUGGCUGCCAUCAAUAGUAAAGAAGAACAACAAGUGAUACAGCAUUCAAUAGUGGACAAAGGACUGUCUUUUCGGCCUUUCUGGAUUGGUUUAUUUUGCCUGGAUCCUGAUGAGGGCUUUUUUUGGAGUAAUGGCUCUCCAAUGAGGUAUAAAAACUGGUAUAAUUCUGAACCCAGUAAUGAGCAUGGAAAUGAACAUUGUGGAACAGUCAAUGAAGAGUUUUCCAUGGACUGGAUUAACACACACUGUGAACAUUUUAACGAUUGGAUUUGUCAAAUAGAGAAAGGAACACCACUUAAACCAGAACAAACAAGCUCUUCUGCCAAGUAUGAAGUCAAUGAAGAUGGAUGGAUUAUAUAUGGGGACAAGCAGUAUUUUUUCAGCACAGAAAGUGUCCCCUUGGAAAAAGCUAGGGAGUUCUGCAAGAAGCAUUGUGCAGAUCUUGUUGACAGUGAAAGAAAGUUUCUAUGGAAAUACAUUUUAAGAAAUGGCAAAAAGGAGUCAUAUCUCAUUGGUUUAAUUCUGAGUGUCGAUCAACAGUUUAUCUGGAUGGAUGGAAGCCCAGUGCACUACGUAGCUUGGGCGAAAAAUGAGCCAGACUAUGCAAAUGCUGAAGAAAAUUGUGUGGUCUUAUAUAAAAACUUUGGUUUGUGGAAUGAUAUCAACUGUGGUAUUCCAAAUGCCUUUAUCUGUGAAAGGCAUGGUAGUACUGUAAACUCAACAUUUGCUGUGACAGCACCUUCUCCUCCAGGAGGGUGUCCUGAAAGUUGGCUUUUGUUUAGAAAUAAGUGUUACAAAGUUUUUGGCUCCAGAGAUGAAGAUAGAGUUAUGUGGGUUCCUGCACGUAGAACUUGUGUAAAGUUCGGAGGAAACCUGGCUAGCAUACCUAAUGAACAAGUGCAAGCUUUCCUUACUUACCACUUAAAAGAUGCCAAAACUGAUGCCUGGAUUGGAUUGAAUGAUAUAAAUUCUGAGCUCCACUUUGUUUGGGCAGAUGGAAGUGGUGUCUACUACACCAACUGGAUUGCAGGUUCACCUGUAGUUGGAGAAAUCAUCCUAUAUGAUUCUCUGCAGCCAGAGACUGGCAACAAUCUGCAUCAGCUGGAUUGUGUGGUUGUGAAAACAGGUCCUGUUGAUAAGAUAGGGCAAUGGAAGGAUGAACCGUGUUACGAAGCCAGAGGAUUUAUAUGCCAGAUGGGCAGUGACCCUAAACUGUCUCAUUCCCCAACAACAAUUCCAGCCUCUGACUUUACCCGUUGUGGUGAUAGUGGCUAUUUAGUCAUCCGUUCCAAAAUGAAAUGGGAAGAGGCACGAAAAAACUGCCAGGAGAAAUCCUCAGAACUUGCCAGUAUUUUAGAUCCCUACAGCCAGUCAUUUCUGUGGCUCCAGGUGUUAGAAUAUGGGGAGCCUGUAUGGAUUGCUCUUAACAGCAAUGUGGUAAGAACAACAAAUAUGUUGCUGCUUCUCCAGACCAAUGGCAAUUACAAAUGGAUGGAUAAAUGGAGAAUGUGUUAUUCUAAGUGGGCCAGUGACGAGCCAAAGCAGACAAUACCUUGUGUCUAUCUAGACCUUGAUGGAACCUGGAAAACAGCAUCUUGUGAUCAAAAAUUCUUCUCUGUCUGUAAACAGUCUGAUGUCCAUUUGGCUUCUAUAGAAGACCAUGUAAUCCUCUUUCUGUCACAUAGCAAAAGCCUUGAAAGUAAAACAAGCGCUUUGGACAGAAGAGCAAAAAUUUUCCCCUACCUUAACAUUAUCGCCUUUUAUCUUAUUUUAAAGGUCUUGGAGCUCCAUCUCUUAAGGAAGUUCAGCAGCACCAAAAGCAGAGUAUGUGGAAGCCUCAGCUUUUCAUGCUUAUGGGAUGGCACCAUCAGGACCAUCCAUGUGAGUGUAUCUGGAAUGAAAAUCUUGCUUUAUUUCUUUUUGAAAGGUAUUAAAACAGUAUUGACUGAGAAGCCACCAGAGAGGAAAGGAGAGGAAAAGGAUGAAGAGGUUUCUGGAUCCUCCACCAAGGUCACUUGGCUUGUAAUUAUUCUGGUCAUUUUGAUUCUAGCAGGAUCUGGAAGUGCAGCCUAUUUCUAUGUCAAGAAAAAAAACCAAGAUCACUUCUUACCUAUUGUAACUCGAAUGAGUGAUACAAAAGAAUCUGUUGAUAACCAGGAGCAAGAUGAGCAUGCUGUUGCCUAAUGGGAUAAAAUGAUUGAAUAAUAUAUCUAAUAUUAAUAAAAUUAUGCAAUUGGAAUAAAUAAAAUCUUAGGCCAACAUUGCUUUCUCUUACCAAAAUAAUAGUCUGUUUCACAAUCCCUGCAUAUAUGUA